AUGAACAAUCAAUAUAUACGUGUGGAAAUAUAUGCUCUGGAAACUUGUGAACUGAAAAACAUGUGGGAAGAGAGAAUUAAAAGACAGACAGAAGAACGUCAAAAUGAGGCAGCAAGACAGCAAAAGAGUGCUUUGCAAAGGCUGCGAAAUGAGUGGGCCGAGAGGCUGAACAGAAGAAUUGAAAUGCUGAAAAAACAGAAUGAACACAAUAACACCAACGACUGAAACUAUUUUGCUAUUAAUAUGAAUAGAAUAGCAAAAUAAUAUGAUAU